AUGGAAUCACUCUCGGCUACAGCUUAUGCGCCUCCUCCGGAGAACGCCAUGGCCGGCGUACCGGCUCACAUCGUCGACUUGCUCGACCAGCUCCACGCUGAGUCAUGGGACCAAGAGUCCAAAAUCACCCGAGAUGACUUCAAGGACCGCACGCUGCACGAGGUGAUGCGCGACAAGUUCAUCGCUCUGGACCAAGACAAGGCGCAGUAUGUGUAUGCUCUGUGCCGCGCCACCGGGGCGCGAACCAUCGUCGAGGCCGGCACCUCGUUUGGCGUCAGCACCAUCUAUCUCGCUCUCGCCGCCGCUGCCAAUGCGUCGGGCGGAGGCAAGCCGGCGAGAGUGAUUGCGACGGAGCAUGAGCCGACCAAGGCGGCCAGGGCCAGGGAGAUCUGGGACAAGUGUGGCGAGCAGGUCGUUGACGUGAUUGACCUGCGCGAGGGGGACUUGAGGGAGACACUCAAGGAGGACCUCGAGGACGUGGAUCUUUUGCUUCUGGACAUUUGGACUCCUAUGGUCCUCCCGACGCUGCAGGUCGUUCUGCCCAAGAUGAGGCCUGGAGCCGUUGUCAUCUCCGACAACACCAUCAGCUCGGCUGAGGGGUACAAGGAUUUUUUGGAGUAUAUGCGUGGUCCGCAGAGUCCAUUCAUCAACCUGACCCUGCCGUAUAAGAACGGUCUGGAGAUGAGCAUUUACGUGCCGAAGCAGUCGUAA